GUUCCCCACCACCACCCGCGCUCGUACGUGCGUCUCCGCCUGCAGCUCUUGACUCAUCGGGGGCCCCCGGGUCACAUGCGCCCGCCUGGCUCUAUAGGCGCCGCCCCCUGCCCACCCCCCGCCCGCGCUGGGAGCCGCAGCCGCCGCCACUCCUGCUCUCUCUGCGCCGCCGCCGUCACCACCGCCACUGCCACCGCCACCGCCAACGCCACCGGCUGAGUCUGCAGUCCUCGAGGAGAUCCCAGCCAUCAUGUCUAUAGAGAAGAUCUGGGCCCGAGAGAUCUUGGACUCCCGUGGGAAUCCCACCGUGGAGGUGGAUCUCUAUACUGCCAAAGGUCUUUUCCGGGCUGCAGUCCCUAGUGGAGCCUCCACCGGCAUCUAUGAGGCCCUGGAACUAAGGGAUGGGGACAAACAGCGUUACUUAGGCAAAGGUGUCCUGAAAGCAGUGGACCACAUCAACAGCAGGAUUGCACCAGCCCUCAUCAGCUCAGGUCUCUCCGUGGUGGAGCAGGAGAAACUGGACAACCUGAUGCUGGAGCUGGAUGGGACUGAGAAUAAAUCCAAGUUUGGGGCCAAUGCCAUCCUGGGUGUGUCCCUGGCCGUGUGUAAGGCUGGGGCAGCUGAGAGGGACUUGCCCCUCUAUCGCCACAUUGCUCAGCUGGCUGGGAACUCCGACCUCAUCCUGCCUGUGCCGGCCUUUAAUGUGAUCAACGGUGGCUCUCAUGCUGGGAACAAGUUGGCCAUGCAGGAGUUCAUGAUCCUCCCAGUGGGUGCUGAGAGCUUUCGGGAUGCCAUGCGACUUGGGGCAGAGGUGUACCACACCCUCAAGGGGGUCAUCAAGGACAAGUACGGCAAGGAUGCCACUAAUGUGGGGGAUGAAGGCGGCUUUGCCCCCAAUAUCCUGGAGAACAGCGAAGCCUUGGAGCUGGUGAAGGAAGCCAUCGACAAGGCUGGCUACACAGAAAAGAUGGUGAUCGGCAUGGAUGUGGCUGCCUCUGAGUUUUACCGUGAUGGCAAAUACGACUUGGAUUUCAAGUCUCCCGCUGAUCCUUCCCGAUACAUCACUGGGGACCAGCUGGGGGCACUCUACCAGGACUUUGUCCGGAACUAUCCUGUGGUCUCCAUUGAAGACCCAUUUGACCAGGAUGAUUGGGCAGCUUGGUCCAAGUUCACAGCCAAUGUCGGCAUCCAGAUAGUGGGGGAUGACCUGACGGUGACCAACCCCAAACGCAUCGAGAGGGCAGUGGAGGAGAAGGCCUGCAACUGUUUGCUGCUCAAGGUCAAUCAGAUCGGCUCUGUCACAGAAGCCAUCCAAGCGUGCAAGCUGGCCCAGGAGAAUGGCUGGGGGGUUAUGGUGAGCCAUCGCUCUGGAGAAACGGAGGACACGUUUAUUGCUGACCUUGUAGUCGGACUGUGUACAGGCCAGAUCAAGACUGGUGCCCCAUGCAGAUCUGAACGUCUGGCGAAGUACAACCAGCUCAUGAGAAUUGAGGAAGAGCUGGGGGACGAAGCUCGCUUCGCGGGACAUAAUUUCCGAAAUCCCAGUGUGCUGUGAUCCCCCCUUCCCCAGCCCCGCUUGCCUGAACACGGGAACAUCUCAUUCUCCUGGAGCCUCUUUCUUGCUGUCCCGACCUGCCAUAGUCACUCUGAUACCCUGAGCCCCAAGUCACCCAGAACACCUUGACUCACCUGCUCCGGCUGUUCUUGGCUUCCACAACCCCCUUGCUCUCUCUGCUCUUCCUCCUCUCUGGGCCUCAUUUUGGGGGGGGGGAUUCCAGUCUUCCCACUUUCCCUUCUAUUCUUUCUUCUCUUUAAAAAAACAAAUGAAGAUUAGAAGGGGGUCCACAGAAGAACCCUCAGUGUCUGGCAGGAGCUUCAGGAUUGGUGUGUUGGGGUGUUUAAAGUGGGGCCACGAGGCAUGAGUGUCUCGGUGUUUUCCCUGUGGUGUAUAAGCCUUGAACUAUGCAAGGAACUGGUGUUUGGGGAGUGCUGGAUGUGUGGUCAUGCUUGGAUAAGGCUUGAAUGUGUGUGUGUUUACAUACACAAGCACAGUUUGUUUGUUUGCUUAUUUAUUUAUUUAUUUAUUUAUCUAUCAGCUGGUCAGUCAGUCAUCUCCCGUAACUCUACAGUCUGAAAGUGACCUAACCUGACAGAACUAGGCAUCAGUAUUUCAUGUGGCUUCAUUCCAAGAUGACCUAGGAUGGGAGGUUUUGCUAGCAUGGGAAGGGGAACAGAAAAGGGCCUUAGCAAUUGCUUCAUUUGGUGCACUAACCAAAGCUCGGUACUUUACAGAAUGGGGCUGUGGACCUGGGGGGGGGCUUUUCUCCUCUAACUCUCUCCCCAGCCCUAGGCUCCUCAGUCUUUCUCCGGCUGCACCAGAGCGCUGCCUCACUCCCCCGUGCCAUAUCCCACAGUUGCCACCGUCUCUGUGGCUUUGAAAUGACCACCACCAUUAAAGUCUGAAUCACAGUGCACCACCCCUUGUCUGCGGACUCUUACUCUCUGCUCCAUGUGACAGGAGGAAGAGAGAGGACUGGAUACCGGUGAUCUUAGGUAGCAGAUCUGGGGAGGGCUCAGAAAGCAGCAAGCCACUGAACUCAUGACCAAGUGUGCAGCAUGGCUGGUAGUGUGGGAUCUGCAGGGUUUUUGUUUCCCAAGACAUGGUUUCUACGUGUAGCCCUGGCUGUCCUGGAACUCACUCUGUAGACCAGGCUGGCCCCAAGUUUACAGAGAUUAGCCUGCUUCUGCCUCCCGAGUGCUGAGAUUAAGAGCUUGUACCACCACA